AUGACUGUCACUACACCCCUUUACUCUAUGGUCAAUCGACUGGGCCAGUUAGUGCAGCAGGAGAGUAACAAUUCUUCACCACAAACCCAUUUUGAGCUGCUACGGAUGAUUGACCAGUUCAAGCUGGCGGUGGAGAGUCCAUCUGAGACUGUUCAGCGCCUCAUUUAUCAGCCCCCACAGAAUGCCGCGCUCCGAACCGUGGUUGAUCUAGAGAUCUUCCCUCUGCUUAUGCAGAAGCAGUACCAGAAUACAGGGAUCUCGGCCGCGCAGUUAUCGGAGUACACUGGUGCGGAGCAGGAGUUGAUAGUCCGCUUAAUGCGGGUCGUAGCAUCUCUCGGUCUCUGCACAACCACAGAAUUUCAGGUAUAUAGAGCGAACGAGAAGACGGCAGCUCUGACCCAGCCUGCCGGUCGUGAUGGAAUUCCUUGCAUAUAUGACCUCGCAGUUCCAACUCUCAGCAAAUUGCCAGAGUAUCUGCGUGCUCAUGAUUAUGCUAACCCACAAGACUAUGAGAGUUCACCCAUGCAAUGGGCAGUUGGUCAAAGCCAGUUUGAGUGGUUAGCCAAGCACAAAGAUCAGCAGACGUUGUUCAACUCGUACAUGGCGAGUCGCCGACAAGGGCGACCAAUGUGGUUCGAUGUCUACCCAGUCGAGAGAUUGAUGGGUCAUUCCAUUCCUUGCAUUGACACAGUUUUCCUCGUCGACAUCGGGGGUAAUCAAGGGCAUGAUUUGAGUCAAUUCCGGCAGAAGUACAAACACCUCCCAGGAAGGGUCAUCUUGCAGGAUCUUCCACAGGUUUUGAACGGUGUCUCUGGUCGCGAAUCUGGUAUCGAGGUCAUGCCGUACAGCUUUAUGGAUCCCCAACCUGUGAAAGGUGCAGCAGUGUAUUACUUCCGCUCCAUAUUCCAUGACUGGUCCGACGAGAUCUGUCUUCAGAUUCUGCGCAACACAAUACCUGCUAUGGCGCAAGAUUAUUCUCGGAUUUUGAUCGUGGACUUUGUGCUGCCCGACACUGAUACUCCUCUCAUGCAGGCAUCACUUGAUAUUCAGAUGAUGAGUAUUGGUGCUGGUGUUGAACGAUCGGAGACUCAGUGGAGGGAUUUGCUUAAAAAGGCUGGCUUGGAGAUCACGGGCAUUUGGAGCCAAAGUCCAGGCCAGGAGUCAGUGAUUGAGGCUAUUCCUAUGUUGCUGGAGGCGCAAAACCGACCACUUUUAUAG